GGGGCUGCCGGGCGGGAGCGGCGCUGUCCCCUCACGGAGCUCGCGCUGUCCCUGAGGGAGCUCCCGCCCAGCGUCGCUGUGUCCCCUGAGGGAGCUCCCGCUCGGCCCCGCGCUGUCCCCUCAGGGAGCCCCCAUCCAGCCCUGCUCUGUCCCCUCAGGGCUCUCUCUCACAGCCCUCCUCUGUCCCCUCAGGGCUCUCUCACAGCCCUGCUCUGUCCUCUCAGGGCUCUCUCUCACAGCCCUGCUCUGUCCCCUCAGGGCUCUCUCUCACAGCCCUGCUCUGUCCUCUCAGGGCUCUCUCUCCCAGCCCUGCUCUGUCCUCUCAGGGCUCUCUCUCCCAGCCCUGCUCUGUCCCCUCAGGGCUCUCUCUCCCAGCCCUGCUCUGUCCCCUCAGGGCUCUCUCUCCCAGCCCUGCUCUAUCCUCUCAGGGCUCUCUCUCCCAGCCCUGCUCUGUCCCCCUCAGGGCUCUCUCCCAGCCCUGCUCUGUCCCCCUCAGGACUCUCUCCCAGCCCUGCUCUAUCCCCUCAGGGCUCUCUCUCCCAGCCCCGCGCUGUCCCCUCAGGGCUCUCUCUCGCAGCCCUGCUCUGUCCCCCUCAGGGCUCUCUCUCGCAGCCCUGCUCUGUCCCCUCGGAGCGCUCUCUCCCAGCCCCGCGCUGUUCCUUCAAGCAGCUCUAUCCCGCCCCGCGCUGUCCCCUCACGCAGCUCCCGCCCCGCCCCGCUCUCUUCCCUCAGAGCGUUCCCGCCCCGCGCCUGCGCAGUGCGCGCGGCUCCAUUCGGGUUGUGGUGCGGCCAUGGCGACGGUGGCGGAGCUCAAAGCAGUUUUAAAGGACACGCUGGAAAAAAGAGGAGCUCUUGGCCAGAUCAAAGCGAGGAUCCGAGCCGAGGUGUUCAAUGCCCUGGACGAGCGGAGCGAGCCGCGGCCGGCGCUGUCCCGGGAGAACCUGCUGAUCAACGAGCUCGUUCGGGAGUACCUGGAGUACAACAAGUACAGAUACACGGCGUCUGUUCUCACAGCAGAAUCUGGCCAGCCUGAAGUACCCUUGGAUAGACAAUUUCUUGCCAAGGAGCUGAAUAUAAUUGAAGAUGCAAGUGGAAAGUCAGUACCUCUCCUGUAUGGAAUUCUAUCUCAUUUCUUACAUGGUGGUAAAGAAGAAGAUACCCAGAACAUCCUUCCAAAAGUGUCUUUAGUGAAUUAUCCAAAGCAGAACUUUGGCAAACCACCUGCUGAGAGAAAUCAAAAAGACAGAAUUCCAGAAGCAGGAAGGAUGGCUGGCAUUGAAGAGCCUCUUAUUUUACAAAGUAUAAAGAGAUGACAUCUUUCAUUUUCUAAUUUCUCAUUUCAAGGUCUGUCAGAUUUAAUUUAGGACAUUCUUUAUUGCAUAGAUUUCUGCAAUAAAUCCAGUGGGACCAUUUUAGCCUGUAAUGUCUACUCAUGAGACAGGAUGACAAAUCAUACUUAUUGUCAAUUUAAAAAAUGUUAGCAAAGCUCCCUUUGCCUUUCUCUUAUCCCCUGACAGAAGGAAAACUAUACAGAGAGUCACACUAGUGAAUCCUAUAACUGAAAUUGCACCUGAAUAUACUGAGUUUAUCCAAUACAUGUUUAUAUAAUAACUUAUCAUCUCUGCACUUUUAUCUUUGUGUGUUUUGCCUAUGUUUCUAAAUAAAAUUUUUCAAUUUUA